GUUUUCUAACCAGCUAUAUGGUUUUUUAAAACAAAACCUUAAAAAAGAUGUCUUUUCACUUUUGAUGACAUUUUUAAUACGUACCUAAGCGUUUUCUCUUAGUGUACAACAAUGGCGGUCGACGGAGUUCCACCCAUCAUCGCAGCUCAACUUAACUACCUUCUGUCUCACUCCCCUUACUCAAUCAAGGUUGAACAAAUGUGGUCUGGCUCGAAAACCCUGCCUUGGAUUGAUCGAUUUAGUUUGCAUAUCCCCUUUUGCCUCGAUUUUAUCAAAUGGGAUAUUAUAUUCAAUGUGGAGAGUCCAUUAUCAGCACCCGAUGUAAUAUUUGGGGCAGAAGAUGAUAAAUUUCUUCCAUUUCUUAUGUCUGGUGAUCCUAGUAAAUCACCUAUGCAUAGUUUAAGUAAUUGGAAUAGCAAAGAUCCUUCAAGAUUAUUGAAUCUUAUUCUUCAACUCAGGGAGUUUUAUGCUGCUUAUCAAUGGAAACGUGUUGGAGAUGUUGAUGAUGAGAGAGUGAAGUUUGAAAUUAGCACUAUCUUGUCUAGGGAGGGGAUUGAGAUGUUUUUGUCAGGAAUUGAAAAGCCAGAGGAGGUUAAGUUUUCAAUACCAUUGCUUGGGACAAGUAUAAACAAUAUGGUCCCUGGUUGCUCCUGGAGACAGCAGAAAAUUUAUUUACAGGUGAUAUAUCCAAUUGGUAGGAAGUAUCAAUCUGCUCCGCAACUGAAAUUGUUAUCUACUCCAGAGUUGAGGUCUCUAUUUUCUGCUGAAGAUAUCAAACUUCCUACUUGGUCAGGCGGGAUGUGCAUGGCUGAGUAUCUUCCUGGUGUAGAAGAAACUAUCCAGAUGCAGAUCUUGGAGGCAGUUUCUCUAAUUGGGGUGAGAAAACACUUUAUUGAGACAUUACCUGCUGUCUUUGGGAGACCUUUGGAAGCCGAACCAAUAUUUUGCAGGAAGGCAACAUUUCUUGUUGCUAAUGGAGUAUUCACAUUUUUGGUGCAUUUUCUUAUUCCCCUCCAAUUCCCUAAGCAAAAACCAACGCUAAUCCUUCAAAGUUCACAACAUUUCAACACACAAGGGAUCCCAGUCAAGUCACCUCCUAUGUCAAACUAUCCUUGGAGUCCCAGAUGGGAACUAUCAGAAAUGGCUUCUCGGAUCUUUGAUUUCUUAGUCGAAGAGUCUUCCAACUUCAAGAAGAUUUGUAAUGACGCCUUGCAACGUUAGGGCCUGUACCUGUCACUGGAGCUGUAAGGCUAUUUCAGAAUCUGUAGGUGCACACUAAGUAGAUUAGGAAACCUAUUUCCAAUGUGGUAAAACAUUUGAUUACUAUUCCUUUAUACUGGGAAUCUCUCCUCUUUUGGUUGCAACAAAUUACUUCUCUUGAUGGUUUCUAUUGCUCAUCUAAUUUCUAUGGUUUAUCUUGUUUUGCAUCCUUCAUGGUCAGUGUAUCCUGACAUAAUGAACAGACGGAGAGUUUUUUUUCUCUAAAAAGACCUUAUAUAUAUAAAUUUAGAGCAAA